UCUGAAGAAGAUCCAGAAAUAGCCAAAGUCAAAGGCGCAUUUUGGCGCCGUGCGGGUCAACUACAGGCAGCAGUUGGCAAUUUGGCCGGAAUUGAUUCAUGGGAAACAGCUGGACGAUCGACUGAAGGAUGGGCCAAUGACGUGUAUCAAAGUGCUGCUGAACGAUCAGCGAAUGGUGAACCUAGUCGAGUGCACGGAGAAUAUAAUCGCAUGAUGGGCAUUUUAGAGCAAACUGUCGGUCAUAUUGCCGGUGAUCCCGAGAUGGAAGCCAAAGCAGGUCAGCGCACUCGACAAGCAGAAGAGGAAAUC